GACAUUUCUGUUUCCUACUAAUAAAAGAAAAAGCUUAUCUUUAAUUAACAAUUAAUUAAAUCAGCUUAAGCGUAUAACUUCCUCUCCUUCUCUCUCAAUUCUCUUUGGGGUUUUUCAACCAGAAAAAGAUGAAAUUUCAUGCUUCCAUUGUUAUAGCCGUCUGAGAUCGCUCUUUAUCCGUCUUACCUAUCUCUCAUACACCUCUUUCUUUCUUUCCAUUAAUCACUCGCUUUCUUAAGUAGAAGAGCUUGUCAAGGAUGGCUAAAAAUGAAGAUACUGGUAGUCCUGGUUGGAGAGCAUCACUUUUCUUGCAGACCACAGAAGAUGUGGCAAGAGCUGUUGCCGCUGCAGCAGCUGCAGCCACUGCUCCUCGUUCACCACGGCCAUCUGUAGUAUUCUCAUCAAAAGAUGAUCAUGGUGAUAGCCAAUUUCAGAAGCUACAACGCCAUGUUUCAAGAGUGCUAAAAGGCUUCUCAUCUCCUCCUCCUGAAGUGAAAGGUGGAACUUACAAUCCCGAAGUUCUUACUAGCCAAAAGCGUCAAUGGGCAAAUUUUCAGUUACAGUACUUGGAUCACAGGCAUUUAAAGGAGCCAUCAAGACUUUUUGAGAGCAUGGUAGUUGUUGGACUUCAUCCAAAUUGUGAUCUUCAGGCACUUCAGAGGCAAUAUGUUACUCGAAAGUUUGAAGGUUCUGGAAGAUUGCAAGGUUCGCUUGGUUCUCAGAAUCAGUCUUGCAUAGAACCCAUUCUUGAGCCUCAGGUCUUAUUUGUUUAUCCUCCGGACAAACAGUUGCCUCUUAAGUACAAGGAUCUUGUAUCAUUUUGCUUCCCUGGAGGCCUGGAGGUUCAUGCUGUUGAAAGAACUCCUUCCAUGAGCGAGUUGAAUGAAAUUCUUCUUGGCCAGGAGCACCUUAAACAAAGUGACCUGUCAUUUGUAUUCCGGUUACAGGUUGCUGAUGAUUCUACAUUGUAUGGUUGCUGUGUGUUAGUGGAUGAAAUUGUGCAAAAACCCUCUGGCUUGCUUUCCGUGAUUUCAGAUAAGCGGCCUCCCUGCUCAUAUUUGAGCCGUUAUGUACUAACCACUCGCAGAUGCUACUGCAUCCUUUCAAGGCUUCCAUUCUUUGAACUGCAUUUUGGUGUAUUAAACAGCAUCUUGACAGAAGAAAGGUUGGAACGGUUAACAAAAGAUGUUGGUGUCUUGGACUUUGAGUUCAUUGAGGGUUCUAUCAAAGAAGAAAUAUUAGGGGACAAUUUAGAUGGUAUAUCACCAAAUUGUAGAGAUGCAGAGGAAAUGCUUGAUGGAACAGCACAAAAUUUCCAAUCAAGCUCAAGAGAUUCUGCACCUGGAGACGACGUUGAUAACGGGAGUCACCUGGAGCAUCAAAUUCUUGAGGGGCAUAUUGACUUGUCAAGCAAUGGGAAUGAUGAAAAUGUUGUUGUUCCAGUUGAUUCUGAAAUGGAGAUAGCCUUUGACAAAGGAGAAUCUGGCGGUAGAAACCUUGAAGAUUGUGACACUGAUGUUGAUGAUUUAUCCAACAAACAAGCGGAAGCAAGACGUUUACCAAAUGCUGUGCUGCCUCUCCUGCGCUAUUAUCAGUAUGAAAGCUCAGAAUCUUCCUCAAGUUUCCAGGGUUCUCCUAGUGAAGAUCGGAACUUUAGGAGUGAUAUUGAUGAUACAGAGACAGAAGAGGCAUCCUUUUCUGGCCAGGAGGAUUCUAAUGAUCACAUGGAUAUUCUUGAAUGGGCUAAGGCAAACAAAUAUGGAUCAUUGCAGAUAAUAUGCGAGUAUUACCAGUUGCAUUGUCCUUCUAGGGGUUCAACAGUUAGAUUUCAUCCGUUGGAGCAUCUUCAUCCUUUGGAAUAUCAUAAGCCAGAUGAAACAGUUUUACAUAUUGCUGGCUCAACUAUUGAUUUGAGAUCUUGCAGUACAAGUCUGGAAUUUGCUGAGGCACACAGUGCACUUUCAGCAGAGGAGGAAGCAACUGUAUUGUCAACAUGGGCCAUCGCAUGUUUGUGUGGAUCCUUGCGUCUAGAGAAUGUGUUAACACUCUUUGCUGGAGCAUUACUGGAGAAGCAGAUUGUGGUUGUUUGUUCUAAUUUGGGAAUCUUAUCUGCGUUGGUUUUAUCAAUUAUCCCUCUUAUCCGUCCCUAUCAAUGGCAAAGCCUAUUGAUGCCGAUUUUACCAGAUGAUAUGCUGGACUUUUUGGAUGCACCAGUUCCUUAUAUAGUUGGUGUAAAGAACAAAACCAGUGAAGUACAGUCAAAAUUGACCAAUGCCAUUCUGGUUGAUGCUAACAAGAACCAGGUAAAAUCACCAACAAUUCCACAAUUGCCAAAACGCAAAGAGUUAUUUUCAUCCUUGAGUCCUUAUCAUGCAAAGCUUGUGGGAGAAAGUUAUUUGGCAAAGAAAAGGCCAGUUUAUGAAUGUACAGAUGUACAGGUUGAAUCUGCUAAGGGUUUUUUAGCAGUGUUAAGGUCUUACUUGGAUUCACUCUGUUCUAACUUACGUUCUCACACAAUUACAAAUGUACAGUCCAAUAAUGAUAAGGUGUCAUUGCUCUUAAAGGAGAGUUUCAUAGAUUCCUUCCCUAAUCGUGAUCAACCAUUCAUGAAGCUCUUCGUAGACACACAGCUCUUCUCUGUACACACAGAUCUCGUUCUUUCAUUUUUCCAGAAGGAAUAGUGCCUGCUGUGCAAGGUUUACCUGUAAUUGUAUUGAUGUGUUGUAACUUGAACGCAAGUUCAGCAUACUCAUAAAUAUUUGGCCAGUGUCCAUUUGUUAAGUCACAUUAUUGCAAGGGGCACUGGGCAUGCCCAGUUUCAAAGGUUGCCAGAAGGGGUGGAAAGGGUCUGCCUGUGAGCAGUCUUAGAGGGGAUAUAGCAAUAGGAAAAGAAGAAGUUGUGUAAUGCUAAUGUUAUAUUAUUUAUUUCUUAAUGGAAAGAGGUGCUGCUUUGAUAUA